AACAAUUUAAGGAGAGCAUUUGCUGCACAUUUCCUGACGAUUUAUAGAUAUAAACCUUUAUAUGUUUGUUAAGUACAAAGCCUAAAAUACUGCUCUCACACAUCAACUUUCCUGAUAGGUGAGCAUCCAGCCCAGGGGAACUUGAGACAGGCCUCUUGAGGGGGAAAAAGAUGAACAGGGACAUCCCCAUCCACAGCUGGCCCGGGUCAUACUACAUCAACAGUGAGAAGCGAUGGGUGAGCGGCACCCUGUCCCUGACCCGGACCACCCUACGCUUCACCCCUGACCAGGGCGAGGGCAGCCUGGCCAGCCUCCGCCUCUCACGCAUCAUGGAGAUCAAGAUGGAGUCAUCAAGCUUCAUUUUCAGCACCCUCACCGUGCUGGAAGAGGGUAACAUCAAACAUUGGUUCGGCUCGCUGCGGCCCAACCGCGUGGUAGUCUACAACGUGCUGGAGCACUUCUGGAGGGAGAGGCUGCUGUCACCCAAUGGAGCCCAGGCAUCUGAGACAAAGCCGGGCAAAGGGAGGGAACUGAUUGGGCUGGUGGCAGGGGCGCAGCGGAGGCUCGAGGACGCAGGAAAAGUGCUGAGCCACCAGGGGGAGCAGUUCGAUAACAUCAUGCAGGGGCUGGACAAGAUCGAGUCUGAUUUGGGCGUGGCAGACAAGCUGCUGUUAGAGCUGGAGUCCCCUCCAUGGUGGCCGUUCGGGAAGAUGCCCUGGAAGAGCCAGCAGGACGCCAAGAGCGAAGAGGCUGCCAGGGCCCAGGCCUCGUCCUCCGGCCCCCAAGGGCCCGGGCGGCAGGGCGUGAUCACCUGCAUCCCGGCCAUCGUCUCCCGGGGCGGGGACUCGGACCUGCGGCCGGGCUCCCUGACGGUGCUGGUGUCCUCGCUGGAGGUGCGGGAGGGCGGCGGGCGGCUCCUGCACCGCUUCGAGCGGGAGGAGGUGGACGACGUGCGCGUGCACAGCCCCUACGAGCUGAGCGUGCGGCAGCGCUUCAUCGGGAAGCCCGACGUGGGCUUCCGGCUGCUCUCCGCCAAGCUCCCCGAGGUGCUCCCCCUGCUGGAGAUGCAGUACAAGAAGAAGGUGGAGUACACCGCUGAUUACGCCGCUUUCCAGACCACGCCCGCCACGUCGCCCUGCGACCCCGACGGCGGCUCAGUGUGGAGCGCAGCAACAGGCUUCAUUCAGCGUUGCCAGGAGACAGAGGUGCCUAUGGAGGUGCCUGCAGGUGACCUGGCCCAGCUGAAGGUGCAAGUACUGCAGCCGACGGUGACAGAUUCAGAGGCUCAGGAGCUGAAGCAGAUGCUGAUGCAGCUGAAGACCCUGGCCCUGGAGGCCGAGACGGAGCUGGAGCGUCAGGAUGAGGCGCUCGACGCCAUCGCCAGUUCUACUGACCAUGCCACCAUGCACAUCGACAAACACACUCGCCGCAUGAGGAAGCUGCUCGCGGCCGCAUGGUCAGUUUCUUCGGCGAGCAGCGUGUCUAACCAGAAGGCCCUUCGAACAGAUUUCCCGGAAACCAGCCCCGCGAGCUUGUGGGAUGGCGUGAGAAUGUGCACGGGUUUCUGUUUGCAAACAUGUUCCAAAACAGUUUGGCUAUCGUCAUGACCGGCUCAAGGCAAAAGUGAAGAGAGAUCUGUUUUGUCUGCGUUUGCAGUGAAUGGAAUAAAAUCCCAGUUCAUCAUAGGAAACAUGUUGCUGGCCACAUAGCUUGUGCUUAGGAAUAAAGAUUGUCACGCUGGGUAAAGUA